CAAAACACACUACAUUCAUCUCACCAUCACAUAACAGACCCUUCUUCUCACACACUUAGCAGUAGCCUCCCGCAAAAACCCUAGCUAGUGUUUCUUCUUCCUCCACCAAUGGCCGCCGCAGCAGCAGCAGCACGUCCCCUUGUCACAAUCCAAACCCUAGAAUCGGAAAUGUCCACCGAUUCACCAAACACCCUUCCAAUCCCCGAUGUCAUGCGUGCUUCAAUCCGUCCUGACAUCGUCAAUUUCGUCCAUUCCAACAUUUCCAAAAACUCCCGACAGCCCUACGCUGUCAGCCGUAAAGCUGGCCACCAAACCUCAGCUGAAUCAUGGGGUACUGGACGUGCUGUUUCACGUAUUCCUCGUGUUGCUGGUGGUGGGACCCACCGUGCUGGUCAGGCUGCUUUUGGUAACAUGUGUCGUGGUGGUAGAAUGUUUGCUCCGACAAGGAUCUGGAGGAAAUGGCACAGGAAGAUUAAUGUUAAUCAGAAACGUUAUGCUGUUGUUUCAGCUAUAGCAGCUUCUGCCAUUCCUUCAUUGGUUCUUGCUCGCGGUCAUAGGAUUGAGACUGUUCCAGAGUUUCCUCUUGUUGUUGGUGAUGCUGCUGAAGGAGUAGAGAAAACUAAGGAGGCUAUUAAGGUUUUGAAGCAGGUUGGUGCUUUUGCUGAUGCUGAGAAGGCCAAGGAUAGCCUUGGGAUUCGACCCGGAAAGGGGAAGAUGAGGAAUAGGCGAUAUAUAUCACGCAAAGGACCCUUAAUUGUUUAUGGUACCGAUGGGGCGAAGGCAGUGAAGGCUUUUAGGAAUAUUCCGGGUGUUGAGAUUACUAAUGUGGAGAGGUUGAAUCUGUUGAAGCUUGCACCGGGCGGGCAUUUGGGUAGGUUUGUGAUUUGGACUAAGUCGGCUUUUGAGAAAUUGGAUUCAAUUUAUGGGACGUUCGAUAAGGGUUCAGAGAAGAAGAAAGGGUAUGUUUUGCCCAGGGCUAAGAUGGUGAAUUCUGAUUUGACUAGGAUUAUUAAUAGUGAUGAGGUGCAGAGUGUUGUGAGACCGAUUAAGAAGGAUGUUAAGAGGGCUACGCUUAAGAAGAAUCCUCUUAAGAAUCUUAAUGUUAUGCUCCGGCUUAAUCCUUAUGCCAAGACUGCUAAGAGGAUGGCUUUGCUUGCUGAGGCUGAGAGGGUUAAGUCCAAGAAGGAGAAGUUUGACAAGAAGAGAAAGAUUGUCUCUAAGGAGGAAGCUUCUGCCAUCAAGGCUGCAGGGAAAGCUUGGUAUAACACCAUGGUCUCAGAUUCUGAUUAUGCUGAAUUUGACAACUUCUCUAAAUGGCUUGGGGUUUCCCAGUAAAAUCCAUUUAUAUGUUUGUCAUAGUUUUUUUUUGUGUGGUUAUCUGAACUAAAUAAUUUUGGUUUUUUGUUCUCCGGUUUAAGAUUAUUACACAUUAUGCAGACAGCAUGGAAAUUUUGUUUUUGUUUUAGUGCAAACUGUUUGUUGCAGCUGAAUAAUCUAGCUUUUCUACUAUUGAUUUUAUAAUAAUAUGUUAUAUGCUUGUUUUUA